UUUCGCACGCCAAGGAUACAGCUACAGCCAGACCACAGACGAAGCGAAAGUUGGAAGCAGCUACAUCACUAGCGGGUAUCCAGAUGAAGCAAGGAGUGUUCAUGCUGUCCGUGUAUGCUCCUCGCAGUUCACCGAUAAUGUGUACCUGGAUGAGAACAUCAUGGAAGUGCAACUUGGAUUGACACAAAAAAGGAACGAAUUGAAACUUGACGCCGUUCCGACAGUGUUCCACGAACAAAGCGAGCCAGCAACUUCGACACUGCAGGCAGUUCGACAGGGUCAAGCGCAAGUGAAGGACCAGGUGCUGCUGAUCAAGUCCCAUCCAUCCAUGAAACGGCAUCAAACAAUGAUCUUCCAGAACAGUGCUUUCUUCAUCCAAGUUCAAGAAGUAAAGAGAAUGACUUCAUGGCUUCUACUGACAUCUCACAGCUACAUGCCAAGACAAAAUAACUUGACAGCAGGAAAUGAAAAGAAAAAAAAAAGGUCCGUUUCAGGUCCACCCAAAUCUUUGUGCAGAGGCAAAGUGCCCUGCCGGCUUAAGUGCCCCAAAGGCAUUUGA